CUUCACGAAGUAUCGGUCUCGCUGCCACUGCUGUCUAUGGAGCACACGCCAAGGUUGCGGAGAAUGUCACCCAUGAUGGACAGAGCAUUCCUAUCCAGGAGUGUGUGUUUGUUUAUACCCAGCGCCCCAGAACCUGUUAAGCUGGAAAUAGCCAACAUCAGGCACAUCUGUGAGGGAGACAAGUGCUUCAUGGCAGAUCGUCCCAGGAGCGUGGCAUGCCUGUCGAGCACUUGGUUUCUGAAGUGUCCUCUCCUGAGCCUUUCAUCUUACUGGGUGACCUUGAGCAACUUUUUAACUUCAUCUUCCUAAUGGAAGUAAGACGACUGGACAGGCGUUUAGUCAACACAUGUAGCCUGGGUUAGGUUAACACUGUUCUGACAGCUAUACCCUCUUCCACAGUAGUCCACAUACCCACAGGGCGUCUCCAUUCGACCCACAGGCAAAUAUAUACCUCUAUGUCCCUCCCAACAGAAAGCUCAUGUAUUCUCUUUCCAAUUCCUCUCACCCUCCUGCCCACUCCCCCUCCUCUGGCCCCUGGCCCCAGUGUGGUCUGGAUGGGCCCCAGAGGGGCAGAGACAGGGACAGGACGUGGGGCUGUAUCUGACAGGAACCUGAGGGGCUGGCCCCGGGGGGGAUUGGGGCCCAGCUUCCUGAAGGGAGGAUGGGCUAGGGCAGGCACACAGUGCCGGAGAAGAUGCCCUCUUGGGCCCUCUUUAUGGUCACCUCCUGCCUCCUCUUGGCCCCUCCAAACCAGGCCCAAGUCACCAGUCAAGAUUCUAGAGCGCAACUCACCAACUCUGUUCUCAGAUGUCUUCUUGCUGGCCUUGGGCACAGAGCCCCUGAACUGUUUCUCCCAGACAUUUGAGGACCUCACCUGCUUCUGGGAUGAGGAAGAGGCAGCACCCAGCUGGAUAUACCAGCUGCUGUACGCCUACCCAGGAGAGAAGCCCCGUCCAUGCCCCCUGCAUUCCCAGAGUGUGCCCACCUUUGGGACCCGGUAUGUGUGCCAGUUUCCAGCGCUGGAUGAAGUGCGUCUCUUCUUUCCGCUGCACCUCUGGGUGAAGAAUGUCUUCCUCAACCAGACUUUGAUGCAGCGGGUGCUGUUUGUGGAUACCGUGGGCCUGCCAGCUCCUCCCAGUGUCAUCAAGGCCAGGGGUGGGAGCCAACCAGGGGAACUUCAGAUCCACUGGGAGGCCCCUGCUCCUGAAAUCAGCAAUUUCCUGAGGCAUGAACUCCGCUAUGGCCCCACGGACUCCAGCAACGCCACUGCGCCCUCAGUCAUUCAGCUGCUCUCCACAGAAACCUGCUGCCCCACUUUGAGGAUGCCGAACCCAGUCCGCGUCCUUGACCAGCAUCCAUGCGUUCAUCCUACAGCGUCCCAGCAGCACGGACCAAUGAGGACCUCCCCGGCUGGAGAAGCUCCCUCUCUGGCAGUGAAGGGCGGAAGCUGCCUCAUCUCAGGCCUCCAUGCUGGCCAAUCCUACUGGCUCCAGCUACGCAGCCAACCCGACGGGGUCUCCCUCCGUGGAUCCUGGGGACCCUGGUCCCUCCCUGUGACUGUGGACCUUCCAGGAGAUGCAGUGGCAAUUGGACUCCAGUGCUUUACCGUGGAUCUAAAGAAGGUUAUCUGCCAGUGGCAGCAACAAGACCACUCUAGCUCCCGAGGCUUCUUCCGUCACAGCAGGACACGGUGCUGCCCCACAGACAGGGACCCUACCUGGGAGAAAUGUGAAGAGGAGGAGGAGGAGGAAGAGGAAGAGAAAGAGGAGGGGGAGCUGGAUCCAGGAUCACGGCCCGCUCUGUUCUCCCGCUGCCACUUCAAGUCACGAAAUGACAGUGUUAUUCACAUCCUUGUAGAAGUGACCACGGCGCAAGGUGCCAUUCACAGCUACCUGGGCUCCCCUUUCUGGAUCCGCCAGGCUGUGCUCCUCCCUACCCCAAGCCUGCACUGGAGGGAGAUCUCAAGUGGAAGGCUGGAGCUGGAGUGGCAGCACCCGUCACCUUGGGCAGCUCAAGAGACCUGCUACCAGCUCCGCUACACAGGAGAAGGCCAUGAGGACUGGAAGGUGCUGGAGCCAUCUCUCGGGGCCCAGGGAGGGACCCUAGAGCUGCGCCCUCGAGCUCGCUACAGCUUGCAGCUGCGUGCCAGGCUUAACGGCCCCACCUACCAAGGUCCCUGGAGUGCCUGGUCUCCUCCAGCUAGGGUGUCCACGGGCUCUGAGACUGCUUGGAUCACCUUGGUGACUGCUUUGCUCCUGGUGCUGAGCCUCAGUGCCCUUCUGGGCCUAUUGCUGCUGAAGUGGCAAUUUCCUGCGCACUACAGAAGACUGAGGCAUGCUUUGUGGCCCUCACUUCCCGACCUACACCGGGUCCUAGGCCAGUACCUUAGAGACACUGCAGCCCUAAGUCCUUCUAAGGCCACAGUUACUGAUAGCUGUGAAGAGGUGGAGCCCAGCCUCCUGGAAAUCCUACCUAAGUCUCCAGAGAGGACUCCUUUGCCCCUGUGUCCCUCCCAGCCACAGAUGGACUACAGAGGACUGCAACCUUGCCUGAGGACCAUGCCCCUGUCUGUGUGCCCACCCACGGCUGAGACGGGGUCCUGCUGUACCACACACAUUGCCAACCACUCCUACCUACCGCUAAGCUAUUGGCAGCAGCCCUGAAGGCAGUCUGCAUGCCACGGCUUCCCGCAUCCUACCUUAUCCAUCCUUAAGGCCAACAAACACCACCCGUUCUGUUUACCCCACCUCCUUGGGCUUUAUAACACGAUCUCUCCACACGGCUGCUCACAAAUCCAGAGCUCUCUUCACGGUCACAAGGCUCUCUGGCUUUUAUUUUCAUUUUUUUUUCUUUUCUUUUUUUUUUCGGAGCUGGGGACCGAACCCAGGGCCUUGCGCUUCUUAGGCAAGCGCUCUACCACUGAGCUAAAUCCCCAGCCCUUAUUUUCAUUUUUUAGACAGUGUUUUAUUAUAUAACUCGGCCUAUAACUUGCUAUGUAGAAAAGACUGGCACAGAGAUCUGCCUGCUGUGAUUAAAGGAGCCAUGCCCUGUAGCUCCUCCUGAGAUCCAAACUCUUGGGGGUGGGGAAAGUCUCUACUUCCUCCCCUCCUACCGACUCUUGAGUACUUCAGUCCCCUACUAUCAUGCUGUUAAGGAAACGGUGCAAGCCUUCUAAUUAUGAGAUCAAAUUGGGUCUUGCUGCCUUCUAUUUAUUCCAGCUCUCUUGGCAUCCUCCUCCACCCUGGGUCCCACAGCAUCACCUUCCUUCCUGGCUCUGUUCCUGCCUCUGAGCAGCAGAAGAGCCAGCUCAGGGCUAGAUCCAGGUUCUGGGCCUGUCGUGCACUCCUGCUAGCUGUGCACUUAGGCAAAUAGUGGAAAGCCUUUGAGCCUUUGUCCUCUCAGCUACACAGCAUGGAUGACAACAGAACCCACAGAGUGGUGUGAACGAUUGACAGCACAUCGGCUAAGAUAGAGUCAAUGCUUAAUAUACCUCAACUAGUAUCCCAAUUAUUUCCUCUUUUCCUACUCCGGCCUUUAUCAUACGGUGACCAUCAGAAAGUUCUCAUCUCCAGCCCAGACUUCUAUAGUGCCCACAGUGUUUUGUGUGGAUUUUAACGUGUGUGAUUCUUGCUCCUGGAUGGUGGCUUGAAGGGGCCAGGGUUAGGAUCUGUCCUCCCCCCGGCACCCUGAAUACCAUGUGGUGCAUGAGGUAGCGGACCUUCAAUAAAUACCGUCUGAGUCA